AUGGAGCCACUUGAAGUAGAGACCCCUCAUCAACAAGUUCCCAGACCCUACCUCAAACUCAUCAGUGCCGCUUUCUCUUUCUUUGUAGCCGGCAUCAACGAUGGCAGUCUUGGAUCUCUGAUUCCUUAUAUCCGUCAAGGAUAUCAUAUCGACACAAAUUUGGUCGCUGUAGUAUAUGGCACGACAUUCUGCGGCUGGCUUCUCGCCGCGCUUUCCAACAGCCAUCUCUGCCAGUACCUUGAUCUGGGUGCCCUCCUGGUCCUAGGGGCGCUUCUUCAAGUUCUCGCUCACGCCUUGCGGACCUGGCUUCCUCCUUUUUCAUUGUUCGCAGUGACUUUCUUCUUUGCGAGUCUCGGCCAGGCAUAUCAAGAUACACACGCCAACACGUUUGUUGCGUCUGUCAAAGCGGCGCAUCGAUGGCUGGGGUUUAUUCAUGCCAUGUACAUGGCCGGGUGUCUUGUGGGCCCGUUUGUCUCGACGGCCGUGGCUUCCAUGGGCGUGCAAUCCCGCUGGAGUCUAUUCUAUGCUGCGCCGUUGGGACUAGGGGUAAUCAACCUGGUCCUAGUGGUGGUUGCAUUCAGGGAUUCGUUGAGGAUGACGCCGUGGCUUGGUGAAUCUUCUUCGGAGACAAGGAACGGGGGCUUGCAGGAGAUGCGGCAGACCGUCUGCACGCCUAGCGUGUGGUUGUUGAGUCUUUAUUUCUUUUUCUUCCUGGGCGCUGCCAUUACUGCUGGUGGAUGGAUUGUGGAAUACCUCGUUGAUGUGCGAAAAGGAGACCUCAAGGACAUGGGCUAUGUCCCUGCCGGCUUCUAUGGAGGGGCCUUCCUCGGCCGACUCAUUCUAGCUGAGCCAACCUACCGCUUGGGGGAACGACGCAUGAUCUUCAUCUACGUCGUGUUAUGUGUUGGACUGCAGCUGAUAUUCUGGCUGGUGCCAAAUAUCAUCACGGAAGCAGUAGCCAUCAGUCUUUUUGGCUUCUUUUCCGGUCCCUUUUUUGCCACCGGCAUAUCUGUUGCGUCCAAGAUCUUCUCGGCGGAAAUUCGCUCGUCUGCACUCGCUCUUGUGUUCGUGCUCGGGCAGGUGGGAGGGUCGAUUUUUCCAGCUGUCACAGGCAUUUUGGCAACUCAUGCUGGCGUUAAAGUCUUGCAGCCGAUUCUGGUCGGACUGCUAGGGGCCACGGGAGUUUCCUGGUUGAUGGUUCCAAGGGUGAGACUUCACAAUGAGUGA